ACAGAGUGGCAGAGUGAAGAGAUAGUAGGAGUGAGCAUCGCACCAACUGACAACCUGAGAGAGAGAGAGAGAGAGAGAGAGAGAGAGAGAGCAUCUCAGCUCACUAGAGAGAGAGAGAAGGAGAGGGAGGGAGAGUAGAGCAGCACUCAACCACGCUGCCCAUCCUCAUAUUUCCCUCUGCAGCUGUGUGAGGCAGAGUGAGCGGCGGAGAGGAGAGAGCACAUCUGAGUCUCGUGGAAACAGCAGGACCUCGUACCACUUGGCCGAGUGAUCGAUGCACUUGCGCCGAGCCACACAGGAAGGGUGAGCGGUCCCUAGGACGCCCGUGUACUGCCACAGAGCGAGAGAGAGAGGAGCCAGAGGGACAGAGAGAGUGAAGAGAGCGAGAGGGAAGAAGAUUACCCAAGGCCAAUUUGAAAGCUUUCAGUCGGUCACUCGGAGCAGCUGCAGCCCAGAAGACCAACACUAAAAGGAUCAACCCUGGUUAAUGCUCUCAAGGACAGGUGCAGAGUCAGAGAGAGAGACUGGCAACAAGAGAACAAAGUACUCACAGAAAAGGUGUGAGUGGACAGGAGUGGUGAGGUUUCUUCCCAGCAUGCCACUGGCACAGCAGCAUCACAGGGCCACUGCGCCCGCAGCAGGCUGGAUCCUGGCUCUGGCUCUGUUUCUUGCUCUACAGGGUGCUGCUCACGCUGCUCCAUCAGGAGACAACAAGCUGGUUCGUACCACCAGAGUGAGGAGACAGAUCCCAGGGGGGAAUCAGUCCCCCUCUGCUUCCUCAGCCAACGAGACCCUGCGGGACCAAACCGUGGUCUUCAACCAUGUGUACAACAUCAAUGUACCCUUGGAGUCUCUGUGCUCUGUCGACCUGGACGCCUCCGCACCACCUGCCCCAGGUGAUGGUUCUCGUGCUGAGUUGGGAUCCAGACCUUCUGUGGAGGGUCCAGUGGAUCCAAGUGGACCAGCAGAAUACACUGAGCAGACGCUGGAUGCUGACAGCCAGGUAACAUUCACCCACCGCAUCAACAUCCCUAAAGCUGCAUGUGGUUGUCCUGCAACAACUACAAUCCAACAGCUUGCCACUAGGGUGGAGAUGCUGGAGAGAGAAGUGUCCCUGCUCAGAGCACAGUGUGGAUCUGGAUGCUGUGGGGAGAGCUCAGCCAUGGGUCAUAUGGAUUUUGUCCCAGGCUGCAGUGGCCAUGGCAGCUUCAGCUUUGACCUGUGCGGCUGCAUCUGUGAGGAAGGCUGGGCCGGCAAAAACUGCUCCGAGCCCCGCUGCCCGGACGACUGCUCCGGCCAGGGCGUGUGCGUGGAAGGGGAGUGUGUGUGCGACCGUGACUUUGGAGGCGAGAACUGCUCAGAGCCGCGGUGCCCUUCAGACUGCUCAGGUCGUGGGCUGUGUAUCGACGGGGAGUGUGUGUGCGAGGAGUCCUUCACAGGCGAGGACUGCAUGGUCGGGAGGUGUCUCAAUGACUGCUCAGACCAGGGGCUGUGCAUCAACGGGACAUGCCAGUGCAGGCCCGGGUACAUGGGAGAGGACUGCUCGCUGGUCUACUGUGCCAACAACUGCAGCAAGAAGGGAGUCUGCAAGGAGGGAUUCUGUGUGUGCCAGGAUGGCUUUGCAGGAGAUGACUGCAACUCUGUGGCACCGGCCAUGAACCUGAGGGUACGAGGCGUGACGGAUCGCACUAUUGACGUGGAGUGGGAGGGGUCAGUUGUGCUGACAGAUUUCUUAGUGACCUACACACCAAGCAGCCCUGGAGGUGUUCAACGGGAGAUAAGGAUUCCAGGCACUACUACCACCUGCAUUAUCUCAGACCUGGAGGCAGGCAUGGAGUACAACAUCAACGUGUUCGCUGUCAUUAACAACAGUAUCAGCGUCCCCGCCAGCAUCACCGUUUCGACCUAUCUCUCCAAUCCCGACGGUUUAGUCUUCAAAUCCAUCACAGAGACGUCAGUGGAGGUCCAGUGGUUACCCUUCUACUAUUCCUUCGAUGGAUGGGAGAUCAGCUUCAUCCCCAAGGACAAUGACGGGGGGAUGACUGCACAGCUGCCCAGCACCAUCACUUCCUUUGUGCAGACUGGUUUGAGACCAGGGGAGGAGUAUACUGUUAACCUUGUGGCUCUCCGAGACCAGGGUCGAAGCCAGCCGGUCACUGCCACUGUCACAACACUGAUUGAUGGCCCCACUCAGCUGAUUGUGCGGGAUGUGUCAGACACUGUAGCGUUUGUAGAAUGGACACCACCCAAAGCAAAGAUUGAUCAGAUUGUGUUACGGUACGGCCUGGUGGGAGGAGAAGGUCCACGGACCACCUUCCGCCUUCAGCCCACACUCAGCCAGUACUCCCUGCAGGUUCUGCGUCCUGGCUCUCGCUACGAGGUAUCUGUGAGCGGAGUGAGAAAAGGAAAUGAGAGCGGAUCUAUUUCCACUGAAUUUACUACCGCUUUAUCGUUCUUCUCAGAGAUCGAUGCCCCUAAGAACCUGCGGCUGCUGUCCAAGACAUCCACCACCCUGGAGCUGGAGUGGGACAACAGUGAGGCUGAGGUGGAUGGCUACCAGGUGGUGUACAGCACUUUAGCAGGAGACCAGUAUGAUAAAGUGAUUGUGCCACGCAACGAGGGAGCCACCACAAAGACCUCUCUCACAGACCUGCUUCCAGGCACGGAGUAUGGCAUUGGCAUUUCUGCCAUGAAAGGAAGCAACCAGAGCACACCAGCAACAAUGAACGCCAGGACAGGUCUGGAUGUGCCCAUGGAUCUAACUGUAACGGCCUCUACAGACAACACCAUCACUCUGGUGUGGGGCGUGGUCCAGGGCCCCAUUGACCAUUACAAGGUCACCUACACUUCCUCCUCUGGCAUCAGUACUGAGUUGACGGUGCCUAAAGAUGUGACCACUACGACUCUGGUCGACCUUGAGCCUGGGACUGAGUACACAAUCACUGUGGCAGCAAGAAGAGGACGACAGCAGAGCUCUGCAGCUACUAUAGAUGCCUUCACAGGAAUCAGGCCCGUAACCCACCUCUACUUGUCAGAGGUGACUUCAGACUCAGUGUCGGUGGCGUGGAGCGCCCCAGCACCGCCUGCUGACCUCUUCAUCCUGAGCUACAGCUCUGCAGAUGGGACCGACACCUCUAAGGUGACGCUGGACGGCUCCAAGACGAGGUCACUGGUUCAGGGGCUGCUGCCGUCCACUCAGUACACCAUCAGUCUAAUCACAAUACAGGGGGAUGUUACCUCUGAGCCCAUUACAGCAUCACUCACUACAGGCAUGGACCCACCAAAAGAGAUGACGGUGUCAGAUGUGACUGAAGACGCAGUGACUAUCUCUUGGAUCAAACCACUGGCUCCAUUUGAAUACUACAAGCUGUCCUACCAGUCAGCCAGAGGUCGAGUGGACAGCGUGGUGAUUGACAGCGAUGUGACCAACUACACCUUGUCCAGCCUGUUUCCUGCUACGGAAUACGAGAUCAGCCUCAACGCAGUGAGAGGGAGUCAGGAGAGCAAAGUGGUCAGCACCUCCGUCUUCACAGCAAUGGACAUGCCGUCAGAGUUGACAGCUCUCAACAUCACUCCACAAGGAGCCCUGCUGAGGUGGAAUCCACCUGUUUCCAGUGUCGACAACUACGUGCUGACCCUCACACACAACCAGGUGACAGCUGAUACUUUCCUCGUGGAGGGCAACAAGCAGGAGCACCAGCUGUCCAAGCUGAAGCCAAGCACCACCUACUCUGUAGCCCUCUACGCCACCAAAGGACCCCUCACCAGCGGCACCGUCAUCACCAACCUCCAAACACCCAUGGACGCACCCCUGAACCUGACGGCCAGUGAAGUGAAUCACCGCAGUGCUCUCAUCUCCUGGCAACCGCCAAUCACAGAAAUUGACAACUACAUGCUCACCUACAAGUCAACCGACGGCAGCCGCAAGGAGCUGAUCCUUGAUGCAGAGGACACAUGGAUACGACUGGAGGGACUGGCUGAGACCACAGAGUACACCGUCAAGCUCCAGGCUGCAAGAGGACUUGACACCAGCGCCGUAGUUUCCACUACCUUCACCACAGGGAGUCGUCUAUUUGCAACACCUCAAAACUGUGCCCAGCACCUGCUGAAUGGAGAGAUACUGAGCGGAGUCUACACCAUUUACAUCAACAGGGACCCGAGCCAGGGCGUGCAGGUGUACUGUGACAUGACCACUGAUGAAGGAGGCUGGAUUGUAUUUCAGCGUCGUCAGAAUGGCCUGACAGACUUUUCCAGGAAGUGGAGUGACUAUCGGGUCGGCUUUGGAAACCUGGAGGACGAAUUCUGGCUUGGUUUAGACAACAUCCAGAGGAUUGCUGCUCAGGGCCGUUACGAGCUGAGAAUUGACAUGAAGGACGGACAGGAGUCAGUCUACGCCAACUAUGACAAGUUCUCCAUUGGAGAUGCAAGAAACCUCUACAAGCUCAGGAUAGGAGAGUACAACGGCACCGCUGGUGACUCUCUGAGCUACCACCAAGGCCGACCCUUCUCUACAAAAGACAGAGACAAUGACAUCGCUGUCACUAACUGUGCCUUGUCUUACAAAGGAGCCUGGUGGUACAAGAACUGCCACCGGGCCAACCUCAACGGCAAAUACGGAGAGUCCAGACACAGUCAGGGUAUUAACUGGUACCACUGGAAAGGCCACGAGUUCUCUAUUCCUUUCGUGGAGAUGAAGAUGAGGCCAUUCAACUUCCGUAGCAUCAGCAGCAAGAGGAGGCGGUCUGCCCCUGUAUAAACAAACCGCCUCCACACAGGCCAGAGUCAAAGAUAAAUGGAGUUCGGACGAUGUUUACUGAUGAGUUUCUGCUAUCUGUGUGCCUCGCUGAUGUGCUCUUUAAUGCCUUUUAGUGAGGCUGCAAAGAAAAAAGGGGGUUAUGACAAAAAAGAUACUAAUAUUUUAUUAAUAUUCUGUUGUAAAAUAAUAAAACCCAUUAAUAUUAAUAAACUACCAACAUGCAGAAACUGUUGUAAUGCUGGAUGAGAUCAUGAAAUAGCAGAGAGGGUGAAACAAUGUCCGAACUCUGUUUAUCAAACAGUCUCAGAGAAAUACGUGACAUGGACACAACCUCUUAACGCAUUAUGUGGUGGUGGGGACGAAAUGUGUUAAAAUUACAUGCUGGCAACAUGAAAAGCAAUGCCAAUGCAUUGUCUAUUACAAAUGGUGGCCGUUUCAAACGUGUUGAUACACCUCAUUUUCAAAGUUUUGUGUCCGUAUGUCUGCAUAGUAUACAGAGUACACCCCUAGUGUUUAACGCAGGGAAAUGCAUCUCUUAAAGAUGGACAGAAACAGCACCGAAAUGCGAUCUUAUCUUGCUGAAUAUGCGCAUGGAGCAGCACAGAGACAAAACAGGACCAAUAAUGCAUGGUGACAAAUAAGAGAGGAGAUAAGUCUGUCAGGCUGUGAUGUGAAAUAUUUUGUUUAAAGACGUAUGAUCCACUAUGCAUGCACUCUAUGUACAGAGACAGCAUGCUAACGAUGAUAGCUAGCUAAAUAUGCCAUCCAACUUUUCACAUAGAUAAAAUGUAUAAAUAAAGCUGUAUUACAUCCAUCAAUCUGUUAGCUAAUUUAUUUUUGCGCUAACUUCCUGUGGCACAGUGCAUACGGGUUGUCCGAAAUCUGCAGCAGAAGUUUAAUUUCAAUGGACUCAAAACAAAAUGAAAGGAGGAGUAUUGCAAUAGAACAAACAGACUUCCUGUCGACACGCAUACGCACACAGAGCCAUGUGGAAACGAGGUGUUAAUGUGGUCAAUGUUAUGAAACAAACUCGCAGUUGGUUUAGGGAAUGGGUCGGCAACCUGUGGCCCAGGAGCUACAUGUGGCUCUUUAUCCCCCCUCAAGUGGAUCCUGGUGGUUUUUUGCUGUAGGCCUAAAGCAACUCUAACAUUCUCCAAUAGUAAAACUGUAGCCUAAAUUCAAAAAAAAAAAAAAGUUUAACAUUUCGUUAACUAAAAUGUGCGUCAUUCACGGACUGGCACCUUUUCCUUUCAGUUUUGCUGACCCUCAAUAGUGUUGGCUAUACUUUAGUCUCCGCGCUAGGCUAGCUAUGGAUUCCAAAUCCAAAAAAUGUAAACGUCUUUGAGGGUAAUAGAGAAUUUAAUAGUAUAAGGACAGAUUAAAGUACUAAAAAAACCUAUUGGUAAUCAUAAGGCUCAAAUAUGUUUCAUGGCGUCAGACAGAUUUUUUUUUUUUUAAACUAGUUUUGGUAAAGAAUUGCCCUUUUGAUAGUGAAGGUUGCCGACCAUGUUUUAGGGAAAGAAAAACACUCAGCUAAGUUUACAGAACAAAUAAAACAUUUGGUUAUGUUUAGGAAAAGAUCGUGCUACUUGAUUAAAAUAACGACGUUCGGGAUGCGAGUGGCGUAAACUUGUGUGCUUUGCAUGGUUACAUUAAGUCUGUAAAGUCAGCGGACGCAUAGCGAUCUCAUGUUUGAAAGGUCCAUCAUGACAAAAGAUCCUCACUGACUUUGUAGAAGCAUUGUUUUGAAAACAAUGCCUCUACAAAGUCAGUGAGGAUCUUUUGCAACUUUUCAUGUUGCCAGCGCAUAAUUAAAACAUUUUGUGCCCGUCACCACCACGUAAUGCACUGUUGAGACUUCAUGUCCAUUUCACGUGUUUCUAUGAGACGGGGCUGGUUUAUCUCUGCUCAGCUGUCUUUCCCUGCUGUACUUCUACACAGACGAUAGAGGACACUGUAUGUAAUUUAUUAAAUACUUUGAAUGACAAUGGUUCUAUUUGCUGUAAAAAACGGAAAGGCAAACCAAGAAGCAUUUUUUUCCUCCUUUAAGUCUGUGAUUUGCCUUUCCCUGGGAUGCGAGGAAACGUGCUCAGAAAUGCCCUCGAGACUGCGAUAGCUAACGUUAUUUUAACCGUUACGAAAUAACACUUUUAACGAAAACUAUACUGUAUAUGCCCUUAAAACCCUUAACUGUAAGAUAUAUAUAUUUUUAUAACUGAUAUUGUGACAAAAGUCCAUCUAUUUAAUAUGAUUUGAUGCCUUGGUUUUUGAGCCGAUAUUAAGUUAAUGUAAAACACGGCGACAAAUACUGGACGCAAGAGAUAAAAUUAACAUCAAAAACUGAAUCAUCAUUCACAAAGCAGUGCACCAGCAACAGCUUCAUAACCAUCUAUUUUAUUUAUUUUAUUUUGCUCUCUGUCUGUGUUACUGUUGAUUACAGUAUCCUCCCUAUCAAUUAUUAAAGCAGAAUUAAACUUAAGUGUUAUUGGUAGCCACAGUGAGACAGUAUUUGCACUACGAGUGGGAACACAGCAAAGCUAUUGUUCUUUUAAUUAUUUCUUUAGUUGUUCACGGGCAUUUCGAAUUUAUUUCCUGGACUUUAUUUUAAAAUUACAAACUCUUUCUAUCUGCGUCGCCCCUGUUGUAGAUGCUGUGAUUGCUUGCAGAGAUGGUGCUGGUAGUUGUAACAUUUAACCAAAGAUCUGCAUAAUAAAGACUCGGCCUGCUGUUUGGAAAGAUGCCAGUCAGUUCUGUCACCAAAGUCACUGAAGCAGCUUUUUCCUGUAUUAAUAGAUUCUCACUUUGCAGGGACUUUUAUGGUAAUCAUGUCCCCUGGCGUUAUUUUAUGCAAUGUGAACACUAAAUUCUAUGCAAAAGAAAGUCAGGGUGGGCAUGGUGCAGAUUUGAGCCUGGCCUCUCCCCCGCUGCUAGCUGAAAUGAACUUAACAAAGAAAGCAGAACAGUAGGUGGAGUGGAGCCAAGUCUUUCUUCUGUGCCCUUCUUUUACUUGCUUCACUAUUUAAGCUCCCCAGCGAAACAACAAAAUCAGCAAACAUGGCAGAGAAUGUAUUCUUUUAGUGGGGCGGGCGUAAUCUGCAGCGUGCCCACCAAGCAUUUUGUUUCAUUCAGUGUUCACACUGUCGCACAAAGCGCUCGGUGCCAGUGCAUUUAGUUGACUGCAGUUUUUUUGGAAACACUUUUUGUUUUAGUUUCCUGCCUCCUCUGUUGGAGGAAAAUUAUCUCUGUGGAGUGUGAAGGAAAAAAACGCACACACAACUGGCUUAAUCUCCUCUCCGGCUUCAUGCUAUCAAUGAAAACUAAAUUUAAUGUCCAAUACAAUCCUGGGAAAUCAACGUCACCAUCGCUGCAAGCAACAUUUGGUCUCAUAUAUAUUCAAUAAUCCAAAUAUGAACAGCUGGAAAUCUCAUUCUUGUGUUCUUCUGUCUCUUUCUUCAUUUCAGUUAUCUGAUUGAAGCAAACCAGAGAGUCUGGCUUGUAUCAUACAACUGUGAAUAUUUUUUGUCCUUUUAGACUUGAAAACAAUGGUGACUCUCCCCUCUAUGAACUACUAAUAUACUCAUGUAGGUAUAGAGUUGAAGAUAAUGUGACUUUUGAUGUGUUCCCUCUUUAGAUGCAAACUAAUUCAGAACGAACCACUUCCCCUUUAACCGCUGUAUUUUUAACCGUUGUUGUGUUAAAGGGCGGAUGGAGCCUACUGCAUGUUGACAAAAUUGCAAUCAAGAGCCUGAUAGUAAAUAACAAAUGUCAUAAGAAUAUGUUUUGUAGUGACAUAUUUCUUUGCCGAUCUGGGUGAAAGGUGCUCUUGAAAUAGUUUGUAAUGUAGACGAUGUAGAUAAUGUAGAUUUAUUGGGCCUCUGAGCUGUUGUGGAAACAGUCAAAUCGCCCUCAAGGGCAAAAUAAAACCAACAUAACCUAAAAUAUAAUUUAUGACAAACUGUUUCAACACGUGACCUUUCCCAGGUCUGAUUUAUGUCUCAGUGUCAAAGUGACUGUUUCAGAGCCUCUCAUGCAAUCCAUCUCCCACCGUGAUUUAUAGUAGAGUAGGGAAUUCUCCAUGUACUUAUUUCAUUAACUACUUAGAUGAGGUUUGCCUCUGUGCAUUUUUGUACAAGGAACAAAGGUCAUGAAGCUUUGCAGAAAAGGAACAGAAUGUUAUUUGUAUUGUGAGGGAUUUCUCUCAUGGCAAACUACAAGGUGCUCUUAAAUCUUUCAAGAGGAAAGCUGAUAUUUAUUAGUGUUUAUUUUACGUAUUUCUCCAAUAAUCAUUCAUCAAUUUAAGCUAUUUCUGUCAAUGUGAAAACCAAGAGAAGGAAAUUGAUAAAGUUGCUGUGGACAAACUCUGUCCUGCUUUUCAUUUCAAGUUAAGCUGCUUUUUUAUUUUUCCAUUGGUUUUGUCAUUUUUUAAAGAGCUUUCAGGACAAGCCGUUCUCACUCCCAACUUCUCAAAUACCAAGGUUUGUUAAGUGGCCCUCUGCAUCAGAUACUAAAACACCAAGACAUUCUUUUGUGUCUGUAUGAGACGCACCAGGCCACAUCGUUACGGUUGUGAAAUCAAAGGUCAAUGUUGAGUUAUUUUGACUACUUAACAUAGUACAUCUUUUUUUUCUGGUCACAAAGAGUUGAAAAUGUUCAACUUAGGUAAAAACACUGGGACAAAAAGUGUACCACAAAGACCAACCGUCAUCUUUUACAUGUACUGUACAAGUGCUGAACAACAACCAUGGAGGAGAAUUAUGUUAAUAUAUGUUUCUUCGGCCACAAAAUCGCAUGAACGCACACAGACUUGUACUUUGUGUUCGAGGUGGCUCAUCAGAGAUUAAUAAUAAAAUUAAAAUUUAAUUUAAUUGAAAUGUUUUUAUUAAGAAUGUAUUUUUUUUGUUUUGUUUUGUUUUGUUUUUUCUAAGAUAUUUUUUGGGGCUUUUUAGCCUUUAAUGGAUAGGACAGACAAGCGUGAAAGGGGGAGAGAGAGAGAGGGAGUGACAUGCAGCAAAGGGCCACAGGCUGGAGUCGAACCUGGGCCGCUGCAGCAACAGCCUUGUACAUGGGGCGCCUGCUCUACCACUAAGCCACCGACGCCCCAAGAAUGUAUGUUUAAGUACAUGGGAUUUAUUGUUUUGUUUUUUACCUUAGUAUUGAAUUGGGUAUCGUGAAUCAUGGUAUUUAAAAAGUAUCUGUAUCAACUACUAAAUUAACACAAAAUAAGUAACAAACGUACUUAUUUUAACCAAACCAUUAUCUUUUUCUAAGCCUAACCAAGCAUUUUGUUGCCUGAAGCUAAUGAAGUAAACUUAAAAAUCCAACAUUGAAAGUUUGUUUGGAAAAGAGACUGAAUGCAUGUAAUGAGCGGAUGCUGACGAUGUCCCUGACCAUCCAAAACUGACACUAAAGAGAUACCUACAAGCCGUUGGUCAAUGUAGGGCCGUCAGUUAUCAUCUGUCGCCCUAGUAUUUGUAGCAUGUCCCAUACUGUUGCCACUAGUCGGGUUAUGUCUACUUGUUUUUCGGUUAAUUGUUGAAUUAGCAUCAGAGACGUAGAAGCAAUUUUAAAUUUGCUAAGAUAAGUUAUUUUCGACAUUGAGCUCUUUAGCGGAAACCCUAAAUGUUUGUAGCAUUGUUCACACGGUGAAUAUCCUUCGUUCUUUGAACAUCGGGUUGUGUUGUUAACAUGCUAACUAGUGUCUUGAAUCUGUCAGUCUUUUGGUUUCCCUUCUUAAAAGAUGAAUGUAGACUACUGACACCUGCUGGUAUAGACAGUUAUUACCUCUCACACAGGCACAGAACGAACAUGCCAGUUGUAGUCAUCGCAAUGUGUUCAUGUGCAACUCUGUGGCCGAGACACAGGCGAAGUGAGGUGACGCAACAGUCUGUUUUCGUCCCUGCUAGUUCUCUGAUGUUGAUUCAGUGUCUGAGACUUGAAGCAUCAUAUUUGACUCAUAAGGCUGCUGGCGAAGCGUCGGUGUUCAAGGAGUUGGAAGUGAGAACGUGUUGCAAUGGAAAAUAAAUAAUUUGACUUUGAGCAAAUGCAACUGUCCCGUGAUGGAGACAACAAACCUGAAGUUACAUCGACAAAACAGCCUGAAUUGUUUUCUUAAUAUUAUGAUGUAAUUCCUGUGAACAUCAAAUAAGAU